AUGGCCUCAUUACGAACGACUGCCUCGGCAGCGCGCCUGUUGUGCAGUGCAUCGCACGCCCGCACCGCUGUCCUCCCCGCCGCGCGCCGCUACGAGAGCUCGACCACAGUCCCGGCCAAGACGGAGCAGGAAAAGAAGGAGACGUCGCCGAUGGCCACGCUGCCGCGCAAUUCUCCCGACUACAACGUGCCCAUUGACAUGGCAACCUCGACCUACACCCCCGUUCCGAAGCACGUACAGGACGGCAGCGAGGAGGGCGUCAUUCCGGCAGGGCUUCUCUCCAAUGCGCCGAUGGAGCUCCAGGCCAGGACAGUCCGCAUCUACAAACCCACCAAACCGGCCACACAAUCCGGCACACAGAUCGGCACACGCUGGCGAAUGGACUGGGACGUGCUGGGCAAGGGCCACCGGUGGGAGAACCCGCUGAUGGGGUGGCAGUCGUCGGGCGACUUCAUGCAGGGCACGCACAUUCACUUCAAGAGCAAGGAGGACGCCAUCGCCUUCGCCGAGAAGCAGGGGUACGAGUACUUUGUGCAGGAGCCCAACGCCCGCAAGUUCGCGCCCAAGGCCUACGCCAACAACUUUUUGUACUCGCCCGGCAAGCUCAAGCACAUCCGGACCAAGUAG